AUGGCAAUUCUUCCCAUCCCGCAUCUCACCCAGUCCGUUCUCACAACACCUCUUCCCUUUCAGUCCCAAAGAGACCUCCAAAAAUGCUUCUUCCCAGGCCCAACCGUCAUCCACAUUCUGGCGCGGACGUCCCUCGCCGCCGCCACCAUCACCCCAGCCAACCGCCGACGCCGCACCUACGCUCUAUCUAUGACAUGUCCCCAAUGGCCGAAUCUCCUACACCGGAAACAAGCGGACCUCGUUCGGCUCGACGGCACUGAUCAAUGGCGCUCGAGCAACCGACAGUUAUACAUGCACGCAUACCGGAUGUACAGCACCGCCAUUCAAGACCCAGCGUCGGCUCAAGCAAGUAGAAAUCAACUAGCCGCCUAG